CAACAAGGAUGGGGCACGAGCCUGAUAUUAUAUCAUAUUCUCGGGAUCUAUACCAGUAUCUUGUUCUAUCGUGUUUUUUGGCAUCGUUUGAAUUGCUUUCCCGGGCCAUUCCUGGCCAAACUAUCCAACUUCUACGUGACCUGGCUCUCUGCCAAGAAGCUGCAGCUCUUUGAAGAGGCAGAGAAACUACACAGGCAAUAUGGUGACUACGUGCGCAUAGGUCCCACUGAACUAUCGAUUACGGACCCAGCUGCUGUGAAGUGGAUCCACAGCUCUCAAGCCAAGGUCUCCAAGAGCCCCUGGUACACUGUCCCAGAGCUCCGUUGUUCUCUUCAUACUAUAAGAGAUAAGCCGGAGCCUGCGAGGCGACGGAAGGUUUGGGACCAGGGAUUUACCACCCAAGCCCAGCCUCGCAUCUCUCGUUACACUGAGCAACUGUUACAGGUCAUCGAAGACAAUGUAUCGCACGCCAUGGAUAUGACCAAAUGGUUCAACUACUAUGCAUUUGACGUGAUGGGUGAUCUAUCAUUUGGACGGUCAUUUGAUAUGCUUAUUGAUAGGGAAGAUGCUCCCACCUCUUUUAUGACACAACUUGCUCACCGGGGCUUGGAUGAACGAAUCUUUGAACGACCUGAGGAGUUCGUCCCAGAGAGAUGGACUACGAACCCUGAACUGGUGAAAGAGCCAUCGGCAUUCUUUCCAUUUGGUGGCGGAAAGCAACUCGCAUUAAUGGAGCUCCGCCGAGUAACCGCCGAGAUCCUCACUCGGUAUGAGGUUUCUUUCGCCGAAGGCCAAACUACAACGGCUUUUCUGGAUGGCAGGCGCGAUGCGUUCACUUUAGUUGCAGCACCCUUGAACUUUAUUUUCGAAAGGAGGAAAUAA